ACCAAAUCCAGCAUGUUCAACAAGUUAGGCAAAAGACUACUAAAGACUUUGGUAAAAGAGUACAACGUUUCACAUUGCGUUUCAGUGUACUAUUCCAACACCAAUUCGGGGUGUUCAACACGCCCAGAUUCUUGAUUCUGUGUUGGAAAGGCUUCACAAAGUUUGUAAACUCCACCACCCAAUGGAGAACAGAUUCAGAUUCUCAAUUUUCUUCAUGCUAUGGGCUUGUAUGGUGCUCAGUGCAGAAUCCGAGUGUAAGAGGGAUUGUGAUUUAGCUCUAGCUUCCUACUCUCUAACAGGAGGUGACCUGACAUAUGUAUCAAAGCUUAUGAAAUCCGAGGUUCUUUCAAAACCUGAAGAUAUUCUUCCCUACAACAGUGAAACCAUAAAAAACAAAGAUCAGGUUCCAGCCUUUACCAGAGUGAACGUUCCAUUCCCAUGCGAUUGCAUUGGAGAUUUUCUUGGUCAUGUAUUCCAAUACGACGUUGUAUCAGGUGACACUUACACCUCCAUUGCCACGAAUUAUUCCGAUUUGACCACUGCUCAGUUGUUGCAGAGCUUCAACACAAAUUCACAAACCGGUGUUCCUGAUACCGCCACUGUUAAUGUCUUCGUUAACUGUUCCUGUGGGAACAGUGAAGUUUCCAAGGCUUAUGGAUUGUUCAUCACAUACCCUCUUAGAACUGAAGAUUCUUUGCAGUCAAUUGCUAACAAGACUGGGAUAGAGAGUGACUUGCUUCUUAAGUACAACCCUGGUGUAAAUUUUAGCCAAGGGAGUGGUUUGGUUUAUAUUCCAGGGAAAGACCAAAAUGGUGCCUAUGUUCCCCUUCAUCAAAGCACUGGAGCAGGUCUUGCACUAAGAGUUAUCGCUGGAAUAUCUGGUGGAGUAGUAACGGCACUUCUGCUAUUGGCAAUUUGUGGGUAUGUUACAUAUUACCGAAGAAAGAAGGUAUGGAAGAGGAAUUUGCUCAAAGAAGAAUUCACGAUGAACUCGGCUAGAAUUAUGAAUGAUGAAGCCUGUGAUGUUCCUGAUGUAGAAGGUGGUGCCAACACCAUUAGGGUCGACAAUUCAGGAGAGUUUUCAUAUGAAGAACUAGCCAAUGCUACAAAUAACUUCAGUCUGGCUAAUAAAAUUGGUCAAGGUGGUUUUGGGAAAGUCUAUUACGCAGAGCUUAAUGGCGAGAAAGCUGCAGUAAAAAAGAUGGACAUGCAAGCAACAAGAGAAUUUCUAGCUGAACUGAAAGUAUUGACACGUGUUCAUCACUUGAACCUGGUGCGUUUGAUUGGAUAUUGUAUUGAGAGCUCCCUUUUCCUUGUUUAUGAAUACAUCGAGAAUGGCAACUUAGGACAACAUCUACGUAGAUCAGAUUUUAAUCCUUUGCCAUGGUCUUCCCGAGUUCAAAUUGCUCUGGAUUCUGCCAGAGGUCUGCAGUACAUUCAUGAGCACACCGUGCCUGUAUAUAUCCAUCGCGACAUAAAGUCAGAAAACAUUUUAAUAGACAAAAAGUUAUGUGCCAAGGUUGCAGACUUUGGUUUAACUAAGUUGAUUGAUGUUGGAAGUUCAUCACUUCUCACAGCUAAUAUGAAGGGCACAUUUGGUUACAUGCCACCGGAGUAUGCAUAUGGCAACGUUUCUCCCAAAAUUGAUGUCUAUGCUUUUGGUGUUGUUCUUUAUGAACUGAUUUCUGCUAAAGAAGCAUUGAUCACGGGUGGUGUACAUGGUGCUGAAUUAAAGGGCCUUGUGUCUUUGUUUGAUGCAGCUUUUGAUCAGCAAGAUCCCACAGAAGGUCUUAAGAAACUGGUGGAUCCUAGGUUAGAAGAUAACUACCCAAUCGAUUCGGUCAUCAAGAUGGCACUACUUGGCAAAGCAUGCACAGAGAACGAUCCACAACAACGUCCAAACAUGAGUUCUGUUGUGGUUACUCUCACAGCACUUACUUCAAAUAGUGAGGACUGGGAUAUUGCUUCCAUCAUUGAAAAUCCAACUCUGGCAAAUCUAAUGUCUGGGAAAUAGGAAAAACAGAAUGUAGAAUACAAAAUGUCACCAUUCAUCUACAAAUUUUGUGAUAACUCUACUUCCUUUCCCACAACUAUGUACAACUGAAAUCUAUAUUUGCUUGUAGCAUGAUUUGUAGUAAACAAACUUCUUUUG